AUGCUUUUGAAGUCGGGACUAUUCUUCACUUUGUGUCUGUUUACCCUCCAAGCAAGUCAAAUCAAAGACCUUCAUGACCACGGUUUUUCUGGACUCAGGGAUGUGAGGUACCGCCAUUUUCUAGAAGCUUCAAGGCUGAUCAGACACACAACCAAUGUCAGAGCAGAUCAGGAGCGACAUCGGACGAAGAGGUCAACGCUCCUCACCACAGGGGUCAAAGUCUGUCCCCAGGAGACGAUGAAAGCGGUCAUCGGCAGCCAUCGGGCCUAUUACAAGCUCAGAGUUUGUCAGGAAGCAAUUUGGGAAGCGUUUCGCAUCUUCUUGGACAGGGUGCCAAACUCCGAGGAGUACGGUGCCUGGGUUUACACCUGCCAGCAUGAAAACCUCUGCAUGGACGACCUGGCCCAGAACUUUAGCAGCUCUCAAGAGCACCUGGACAUGGUGGCCAGAAGAGUAGCAGAGCAGGGCGAAAGUGAAGGAGUUGUCGCUGGAACGCCGGAGCCAGGAAUAGAUUGCACCUGGACUCCCCCACUGAUUCUGCUUCCAACGGGGGCUGACGUGAUACCAGAAGAUCCCAACAUGAUAAAAGAGAACUAUGAGGAGUACAUUGUUGAAUUUAGUGUCACCAUCGUGAGCCCGACUUACAGCACGCUGCAGAGUGACCCCGAGACUCCAGUGUACAAUGAAAUCACGAGAGAGCUCACAGAUAAGAUGCUUCAUGUGUUUCAAAAAGUUCCAGGAUUCAAAGAAAUUCGUGUUCUGGGAUUUCGAUCGGAGGAUGUGUCUGUGCGUUAUGCUGUGGUCUUUAAUGGAGACACAGAGCUCAAUGACGACCCUGAGGGUAUUGGGGAGCCUGACACAGACACAGAUGAGGAUGUGAAUGCACCUAAACUGAAGCACAUUAUUGUGAAGGCUUUAAAACAGGAGCCAUCACUACCGCUGGACAUACAGACACUCAGCUUUGAGGCUGUUACCACAGUUUAUCCAGUCGCGGCGCUCGGUAUAAAUCCUGUUGAGGGCGUAUUGUCUGAGGACGACACCACGAAGGCCAUGACAGAGGACAGUGCACCUACCCAAAGUUUCUUCCCCACAGUGGCAAUGAUAGAAAACACGUUGGAGGCUUCCACAAUCGAACCAGAUCAAUCAACACACACCGUUGUGCCUUUCAUCCCAAGCAUCCUCCCAGAGGCCACUUUUGCUGUCACUGAUGAGACUCUAAUGACAGCGGUGGAGGAGGAGUCCACACAGGAUGCUGCAGGGGAGGCCAGUGACAUUAUAACUCUAGAUGCAACACUGGAAACCAUCACAGAGCAGGAAGAGGAAGAAGAGCUAGAGGUGGAGGAAAUACCACCAAUUGAACUUAACGACGGAGGUGAGGCUGAAGAGCUGGUGACAGACGAACCUGAACCAGCCGAUGAGGAACCGAAUGAGCCUACAGACUCAGUAAUUAUGGAGAUAUCUGUUGUAGAAGCAGCAGACCCAGUCUCCACACCAUCAACUGAUGAGCAUGCAGUUCAAGGCAUUGAACCAGAAACAGACAUAGAGCCUUUGCCAUCCCCUUCAGAGAGCGGAGAAGCCCCAGAGGAAAGAGAUGAGUCUAGUGGAGGACACAGCGGAGGGACCCCGGCCUCAGCGGACCAUCCUCCUGAGAACUCCAAUUUUCAAGAGGAUAUAGGACAAAGUCAGAAUGGGACUGUGGCGGAAGUGACCGAGCCUCUGGAGGAAGAGAGCGGUAAUGGAUUCUCAUCAGAGCCUGACGAACGGCCGUACGAAUCUACGGCUGCACCGGCAAUGAGACAAGCCAGCACUCCUCUGAUGGCAACAGUGGACAGGAGCAAAGAGUUAGUGGUUUUCUUUAGCUUGAGGGUCACUAACAUGAUGUUUUCUGAUGACCUGUUCAACAAGAGCUCCCCAGAGUAUAAAUCACUGGAGAAUACCUUUCUUGAGCUGACACAGCACUCUGGGUCCAGAAAAUCGCCAAACCCUGGAGCUUCCCGUAAAUCUGGGCCUAAGAAACAGACGACUUUAGCCUCCAUACCGCUUCUACCCUAUCUACAGUCCAAUUUGACUGGAUUUAAGCAGCUGGAGAUCCUCAACUUUAGGAAUGGCAGUGUUGUCGUAAACAGCAGGAUGAAAUUGGACAAGCCGGUACCUUAUAAUGUGACCAAAGCUGUUCACUGUGUGCUCGAAGACUUCUGUAACGCUGCGUCUAAACGGCUUGACAUUGAGAUCGACAGUCGCUCCUUGGAAAUAGAACCAGCUGACCAAGCAGACCCUUGCAAGUUCCUGGCCUGCAAUGAGUUUUCACGCUGCGUGGUAAACAGUUGGACGAAUGAGGCAGAGUGUCUGUGUGAUCCAGGCUACAGCACCGUGGAUGGCCUGCCUUGUCAGAGCACCUGCACUGUGCAGCCAAACUACUGCCUCAACGGAGGCCUGUGCGAAAUAAUCCCAGGACAUGGAGCCACCUGCAGAUGCCCUGUAGGUAAAUACUGGCACUACCACAGAGAACGCUGCAAUGAGCUGGUGUCAAUGCCGGUAGACCCUCCACUAAUUAUAACCUGUCUCGUGGGAAGUCUCUGCCUUGUUUGCGCCGUCAUCGGCAUCUUAGUAUUCAUAAACAAGAAGUGCGUAAAGACGAGAAAGGCUGUCACUUUGGUGCACACCCUUGCUCCCUAUGCCUUUGAGAAUACUUUGAGGGUGAACCCAGUGUUUGAGAAUGAUGAUGGUGUCUUAAAUCAAGUGUCCACAUUGCCGUGUCCUUCAAGUUCAGCUUCUUCCCAAUCCCAACAGUCUGAACAAGAACAUUUUGCCUCAAUUGAAAAUAUACAUCUGAGUAUUGAGAUCCCCAGACAACUCUACACAACCAGAUCAGAAAAGUUAGUCUCAGAAAUGGUGGACUUCCAUCACUGCAUACCACACAAUGAGACGUGGCGACUGCCAAAUGAAUACAGAACGUGUUGUCUUUUGAGGGCAUCGGAUAACGAAUGUUUUGAAGUAACAGUUCUUUGAUAACUUCUGAGGAACAGCCGACGCAGCGACGCAGUGCGAAACACGAGGAAGAAGAGACUGAGCUGUUGCUGUUUAACUGUAUAUGGGACACCUGGUACACAGGUACAGUAGAGCAGUUAAAUGGUGUUUUAAAGUGAUUGAGAUUCAUUGUUCAUAGUGAUGAAAGUGUCUUGUUAGACAGAAGGCUGUGGAUGUUAAAGUACACGGUUGAUUUAGGUUGUCUUAAAGUGGAACCUAAUAUUUAUUUUAUAUAUUGAAUGGUAGGAACAUUUCCUGUAAACCCUUGGCAAAGGUUGUUCUUUCCUCACAAUGAGGUAUUUAUUAUUUACAAACUGAUACACAUGGUGGUAUCUUUAAGUUUAGACUGUACAUGCUGUUUAUUGUUUUAAUGCCGUUCUUGACUGUUGUUGUGUCUCAAAAAGAGAAAGAAUGUAUAAGCUGAUGACUUUGGUCAUGACAUAUUGUAAAAGAAACUAUUGGCUGCUGUGUUAUAUUUCCAUCAGUUUGUCCUAUUCAAAAUUUCUCACUAAUCAUUUGUCUUUUGAGAUUUGGACAAUUUCUUUUUUUUUUUUACACAUUUUACAUUUAAA